AUGAGUCUCCGCCUCCUCUCACGGCCAACGACAUCGCUCGCCGGCGCGGCCCUCGCCCAGUUGGCGCACUUUGACACGCACCUGCUGGUGGAGAAGCUGCAGGCCAACGGCAUGACGCGCGAGCAGGCCGAGGGCAUCAUGACCGUGCUGGCCGAAGCGAUCGAGGAGAGCAUCAAGAGCAUGGAGGCCGGCCUCGUGUCCAAGCAGGAACAAGAGAAGCAGCGCUACACGCAGAAUGUCGACUUUGCGCAGCUCAAGUCUGAGCUCCAACUGCAUGAGAAGAACGACCUGACGCUCAUGAAGAGCGAAAACGACCGACUGCUCGCCGACGUCGAGAAGCUGAAGCAGCGUCUGCGUGAAGAGAUCACCCGUACCCAGGCUGGCGUUCGCCUCGAUCUUAACCUUGAGAAGGGAAGGAUUCGCGACGAGUCGGCUCAGCAGGAACUCAAGAUCAAGGAGGUCGACACCCGCAUUGAGUCCGAGAUCGCUGGCCUCAGGACACAGAUCGAGCAGGCCAAGUUCUCCAUUCUCCAGUAUCUCGUCGGUGUGGCCACUGGUUCCGGUGCCCUGCUCCUGGCCUACAUGCGUAUGAUGUCUUUCCGGCACGACGGAGCAACCCAAUCCACCAUGACAACCGACACGUCCGCCCCAGCGCCGGAAGCCGAGCGUGCGCUCCAGCGUGACCUCGACCUUCUCCAGACGCUGCCCUCAGCAGUCCUCGAGCGCCUGAUCGACCCGAAUGCAGCGCCGGCCCCACCGCCAUCGAGCGUAGAGGAGCAGCUCGCAAAGCUCAAGGCGUCUUCCUCGGCCGACGUGUCUGCUGCUCCUUCCUCCGACCAACCUACCUCCACCGACCCUUCCUCGACUGAUGCCUCUGCAAAUGCCAAGACGGCGAAACCCAGUCCUGCGCAGCUCUCGGACGCCGAAGCGCUCAGCGAAGCGUACAUCAAGGAGAUGCGGGAACGGGGCGCUGAGCUUGCCCGGGACGAGGAAGGUAGCGGCCGAUCGCUCGAGUUCCGGAGUCGCAUUGAGCGAGUGCGCGAGGUCGCGGAGAGCGUACAGGGCGCUGUGGAGGAGUAUGCCCGGACGGUGGGAGUGUGA